UGUUACCGAACAGUCCAUAAUUCGUACGCAUACGUCAUUUAAUGCAAGCGCAAACAAGCUAAACCGAAAACUAGUGAACAACUCAAUGUAAUUUUGUUCUAUUUAACUCCAUUCGAAGCUCAACCCUCGUCAUAACCAAAAUGGCAGAAGAAACAGAUUUAACAGUUACGUUAGAUACACCCCAGGGCAAAAUCAACGGUAAAGUUGUCAAAAUUGGAGACAAAUAUGUGGGAGAGUUUCUAGGAAUUCCAUAUGCCAAGCAGCCAAUUGGCGACCGGAGAUUUAAACUUCUGGAACCUCUGGAUGAGAAGUUAGACCAUGAAACCUCCCCUUUCUUAGCUCACAAAUCUGGAAACAGUUCAGUACAGACCCACCAAGGCAAAUUCUUCAACACUAGACAGCCAAUAGGCGAAGACUGCAUAUUCCUGAAUAUAUUCACACCUCUGGGCUCUGACCCUGAAAAAUUGAAACAAAGGUCUCAGGAAAAGUUGGCAGUACUUUUCCACAUCCACGGCGGUGGAUUCAAGAUUGGGAGUGGUUCGGAGCCCAUGUAUCAACUAAGCUUCUUUGCUGCCAGACAUGACAUAGUUUGUGUAAGCAUUAACUACAGGCUGGAUAUGCUGGGGUUUCUGAGUUACCCAGGAGUAAUUGAAGACAAUUUGGGAUUGAAGGACCAGCGGAUGGCGAUGAAAUGGACUCAAGAGAACAUAGCUGCAUUUGGAGGAGACCCGGAUAGAGUUACCAUAUAUGGCUGUUCAGCAGGAGGUGCUAGUGUCCAUUAUCACACUUUGUCACCGGAAAGCUGCCAGUACUUCGCUCGUGCAGUACCAUCAAGUGGAACCAUUAACAAAACAUGGAGUCGUGCUGCGAAAGCAGGUCACUACAAGAAAACUCUUAAGGCCAUAAAGAUGCUGGGAGGCCCAAAACACCCGACACCCGAGCAAAUACGAGAAUUUCUCUUGUCUUUGUCCGAGGAUAGAAUCAAGCAAUUCCUAACAGACACUAUGAGAAACCCAAGGGUGAGUUUCUCUCCAGUUGACGAGUUUGAUGACGAGAAGCUGCCCUCAACUACUCGACUGACGCACAAUAAACCACUUCUGCUCGGAGUAGCGUCAGCGGAGGGGAGCAUGUUUUGCGACAUCCUGUUCCCAAGAGAGGACCCCGGCAGAUCCACUUGGAGCCGACAAGUUGUCGGAGAACUAUUCGGAGAAAAACUGUUCUACCAGCCGCUCAGAGAGCUACUUGAUGAAGUUGUAAACUCACCCGACCUGCCCGUCUACGUGUACUUAUUCGACUACAAAUGCCCAACGAGACACGAGCUGAGCUUCCCAGAAGCCGAAGUGCCUUUACAUUUUGGAUCUUUUCACUCGCUAGACAUCAUAUUUCUGUUCAACUUGGCUGAGAAGAAAUCACACUUGUUUGACCCAACUGAAUCCGACAAAAUUGUGAACGAUAUUACCACUUCCAUGUUCGCUUCGUUCAUCAAAACCGACGAUUUGUCCAAGUUUCAAUUGGGCAAACUUGAGACCGAGAAGAAAACACUGAACAGAAUUUCGACCGAUGGUUUGACCACUGUAGGAACUGACUAUUUGCUUCCAAAGAGAAAAGCUCUAAUGUUAAAAACGGUGCUUGCUUGUGCAAUGCUGGUAAUGGCGCCAAAUAAGUAUUAAAUCACUCAAAUCACAAGCUUAUGUUCAGUUCAAGAGGGAAAUAUUUGUCGAAAACUUUCUACAUGCUACUAUAAUGCUAAUCUAAAGAGGUUUA